CGCGUGGUCUUCAUAGUAUAUAAACACCACGACGGACCAUACACACCACACGGUCUCAUCGCAAUGUUCUCUCAGGUCUGCAUUCUCGCAGUUUUCGCUGCCGUAUGCAAGGGGGCUGUGCCCCCCUACCCAAGGUACCCGUCAUAUCCUCCUCCAUCCUACCACAAACCUCACCCAUACCACCCUCCCCCAGCUCCUUACCAUCACCCAGAGCCGAAUUAUGACGUCCCUCCCAAGUACGAAUACGCCUACGACGUCAACGACGACUACCAGAAGCUGAAGUUCGACAAGCAGGAGAGCCGCGACGGCUACAAGACGGAGGGUCAGUACACCGUCGACCUCCCCGACGGCCGCAAGCAGAUCGUCACCUACACGGACAACGGCGACGGCCUCUACGCCGAGGUCAAGUACGAAGGGGACAUCGUUUUGCGACCCUACGGUCCUCCUAGUUACCCGGCUCCCCACCCCCCUCCCUCUUACCCAAGGGAGCCCUAUUUCCCCGCCUAUCAGCCCCUCCCAGUUUACCCAAGGUACCCAUCUUACCCGGCCCCUCCUGCUGCUGAAGAAGAACCUCUGGCAGAAGUCAAAGCCAAUGCCCUGGUUGGGGACAGUGCGCCUCUUCAGGAGAUUGCUCCGAUUAUUGAGGCAGCUGCUCCUGCGGGACCCCCGGUGGAAGUAGCAACUGCUCCUGCAGAAGCCCCGGUAGAACCUGCUCCUCCUGCUGCGGUAGAAGCUGCUGCAGUAGUAGCUGCUCCUGCUGCGGUAGAAGCUACACCUGCUGCGGUAGAAGCUACACCUGCUGCAGUAGAAACUACACCUGCAGCUGCAGAGGUAGCUUCUCCUGUUGCGGUAGAAACUACACCUGCUGCUGCAGAAGUAGUUGCUCCUGCUGCGGUGGAAGCUACACCUGCUGCUGCAGAAGUAGCUGCGGUAGAAGAGGCUCCUGCUGCAGUAGAAGAGGUACCUCCUACUGAAGAAGCAGCAGCCCCUGCUGAAGUUGCUGCACCAGCCGAAGAGCCUUUGCCUCCUGCUCCUCCAGCCGAGGAACAAGUAGCCCCUGCUGCAACAGAAGCUCCCGUUAUCGUGGAGGAACUGGCUCUCAUAAAAGAAGCCAUGAACAUUGAAUCGCUCGUGGUAGAAACUACAGAGGCGGCUACAGCAACGCCCUAGGUGCUGAGCGCCCGGUGGGAAAUACACGGGGGCUGCUUUAACGAAUCAAGUUAAGAUCCCAGUUGAACAGUGGCCCUUAUCCUUAAAGCUCAUUUAUAACAGACAGAAUUGUCUUAAAUAUAAUUUCUCCUGUUUUUUUUUACACUUACAAUAAUAUUUUGAUGGUUUAUGAUCAGGUUCUUUUCUUCCACAACUCUUGACUAGUAGUGGUUAGAAUUCUGUCUCUUGUGAACUGAGCUAGAGUGAAAGGGUCAUUUUGCCAUCGUCAUAGUUUUCAUAUUUUUUCAGCAGAAGAAAAACCUGAACUGUUGGGUCUUCGACAUUACGGUAAGAAUCACCAACGCCCAUCAUCCCAUUAGAUUUCUGGAAAUCAAGUCAUCACCAAUUUGCUCUGUCCCAUCAUUCAUGCGACGUAAAUCUCUUCUUGAUUUCACCCGUGGAAAUGCUACAUUUUAUUCUGUACUGAUCAUCUCUUUCAGCCAUUUUCCUUUUUCGAUGUCAGUACCUCAUCAAUUAUUGCAAAUUCUUUGUUUUGCUCAAGACAAAUAGACUCAUUAUUAGUUUUGAAAGUACUGUUUACGCUGAUCGUGUUUCACUCUUCACCCUCUGGUAGGGCAAGGAGUUUCUUCUUGGAACCUUUUCUUAAUACAGUUUCCCUUCAAACAUUAGUUAUGAUUUUGAUGUCUUAGUUCGGUCGAAAAGGCUCCAUUUGUUCCCAUCCUAUGACAAUUCGAUUAUUUAAAUUUUCAAAAAUCCAAUAUGUAGAACAAUCUAUCAAUAUUGAAUUUAAGGAGAAUAAAGUCUAUUUAACACAUAAAAAUGUAGUCCAUCUGAAUAUAGCUUAUAAAAAGAAAGAGUAAAAUCUGUGAUAGUAAAGACCAGUAAUCAGAUCAUUCAAAAAUUAAUUUAACUUUACAAUGUAUAUAGCUUUAGCAGAACACAAUAAUCGGAAAAUACAUUACAUUACAGACCUAACACAUAUACAUACAACUGACUGUAUCUUGAAAUCCCAGGAUGAUUACGACCUAUGACAUUCCAGUUUUGGGAGCCAAUGGAACAAGUGUUUUUAUGUCUCUAAUUUGCUCAAAAUGGAGAUAAUGUCUUCUUGCGUUUCUCCUGCCUCUUUGUAAACUAAUUUUCAGGACCCUGGAAAGAUAUUUUUGAAAAGGAUAAUGAAUGAAAAAACCUAUUUCCUAUGCUCAUUUUUCAGAUAUUUUCCUCUAAAUAUUUCACCUGUAACUGAUCAGUGAUUUCUAACUUAUUGUGUGCUGUUUUUUUUUAUAAUAAAAAUUAAUCGCAG